AAAAUUAAUCAAAAACUACCUCAAUAAAGAGUUCAAUUGCAAACAAAAGGAUAUAAACCUAUACAGACAAACAUAUUCACACAAAAAAAGAGAGACAAGUGCAAAAUUUCUCUGUAAGUACAAAAAGAAAUAACGUUUUAUUGACGCAACUCCAAAAAAAUACAAAAAAAAGUACAAAAAAAUUUUGCCAAGCGUUUUACGGUCUUUCGUUUUCUUCGGUUAACGGCUUUCGGUUGUUCCCUUAAAAUAAAAACCCACGCAGUGGCAGUGCCAAGAUCUGCGUAGCCAUGCCCCAAUGCAAGCUUAGAUGGCGUCUUCAAUAAUUGCCCAAAGCAGCAGCACCGGCGGCCCAAUUGACAGCAGCAAUAGUGCCAGCAACAGCAACAACAUCAUUGCCAGCAACUCGACAGCCUCAGUAACGAGCCUUCACAACACUCAUCUCAACCAAUUGAGCACCUUGAGUCAGCACUAUACAACACCUUAUCACACGCACUAUCAGCAACACUAUCAACAACAACAACAACAACUUGUCGAUCAACAGCAGCAACACCAUUGGGACUACUAUGCCAGGCAGCAGCCAACGGCCACCUCCACAGGCCAAGCCAACGGCAACAGUAGUCAGGAUAGCUCCACAGUUCCUGCUCCUUUGGACAGCAGCAGUAGCAAUCAUGCUAAUGCUGCCAGCGGUAAUCGGCACAGUGAUGCCAAUGCCAAUACCCUUUCCGCCGCCACCGCCGCAUUAGGCGGCACCAACGGUACUAACACCAAUUCCAACUCCAAUUCAAAUUCCAACGGCAGCUAUACACGUCCCUGGGAAAUGGAGUCCAAGGAUAACAGUGUUAGCCAUACUCUUAAUAUCCAGCAACAGCAACAACAGCAACAGCAACAGCAACAGCAACAACAACAUCAGCAACAACAACAACAAGCCAUAAAAAGCGGUUUUGAGCCAUUUUCAAAGCUACCGUCAUUCCAGAGUCAAUUCCACGGUUAUAAUGAGCAAAUGAUAGCAGAUGGCACACCUAUGCCACCUGCUCCAGCUUCCACCUCUGCGGCAUCAACAACAGUACCAACUGGAAAUGUGCCACCCAUGAGCUCCCUACAAACAGUGGCCAUGUCUCCGGCGAGCAUUUCCGUUAGUUCACCAGGCAUGAUGAGUGUUGGCUCACCGCUAACACAACUUUCUGGUAUGCAGACCAGCAUCACACCUCCCUCGGGUAGUUUCACCCCUCUGGGAGCACCGCCACCACCGCCAAAUGCAUUUCAUCAUCAUGUCCUAAAUCCACAUCAUCAUCCUCAUCACCAUCCCCAUCAUAGGGGAACUGCUUCUGGCUAUCCGUUGGGGCCAGCUCCAUCUACUCCCUAUGUCGAUCUGCAAUUGUACCAGCCUCUUACACCGGGAUACGCAACAACUGGCCUGCAAAAGAAGGAAUCAACAGCGGCGGCUAGCAACGAUUUCGAAAUGCUUAUCAAGAAAGAUGAAUUUGAUCUCAGUGGGAGCCAGCAACAGAAUGUAGGGCACGUUCCACAUGGCUUGCAUACGCCCUCAUCAUACGAUGGUAACAGCCAGAAUAGCUAUCCACAUGCAACCACCACUAGCACCACACAACCACAUACGCCAACGCCAACACCCACGCCCUCAACUACCACACCCAUCAGGGUGGACAAAUCGCAACAGUCGCCAAUUGCGCGCCUGGAGGGUCGCAAGAAAGAACGCCGGAAACAAAGACCCAAUUCACUCGAGUCCAGUGCCGAGAGUGAGGCCAGCGGCAUGGACGUCGACCCAAGCAAUCCUGGCCAAGUCGAUGCCGUUUCCAGUACGGCCAACUUCAAGAGUCCUAUGAGUACUUUGGGCAUGGGCGACAGCAAUGAUGCUACAGCACAUGCCAAUGGUUCCGAUAAGCAGUCAAAGAAGAAGCGUAAGCGCUGCGGAGAAUGCGUCGGCUGCCAGCGCAAGGACAACUGCGGAGAAUGCGCCCCUUGCCGCAACGAUAAAAGUCAUCAGAUCUGCAAACAGCGACGCUGCGAGAAGCUAACCGAAAAAAAGGAACCAAAAUCCAAACCAAUUGUCUACGGUACUGAUGGACAACCUGUUCGGCCCGAUGCAAAACGCGGACGUGGAAAAGGAAAGACUUCCAGUACGGGGAAUACUGCUGCAAAUGCUACAACCAUAGCCACUGCCAAUGGAACACCAACAUCUGGGUCACGCCCUCGUAAAACCUCCACCAAAGCAAAUAAACUUAAUGCAACAACUGCAGCAUCAGCAACAUCGCCACGUCUUAGUCCAACGCCUAACACAGCAACCACAACAACUUUAUCGCCGAACACCACAACUGGGACAGUUUUAGCCGCAGCAGGUCAGCAGCAAUAUUUGCAGCCGACCCAACAGCAACACUUCCAGCAACAGCAGCAGCCGCAGCAACAACAUUUACAGCAGCAAUAUCAGCCAAACCCACAGCAACAACAGCUCUAUCAACAGCAGCAACAUCAACCACAUCAACAACAGCAGCAACAUUUGCCGCAACAGCAGCAACAUUUGCCACACCAGCAACAACAUCAAAUAACCGCACAAAUUCAAACUAUGAAGGAUCAACCUCAACAGCCUAUGGCACCCAUGGCCUUUUAUCCCACAUGGCAGGCCGAUCCUUCGCAGGGCUGGCAGAAUCAGUUCAUACAGCAAAUACCACAGAACAAUCCAGCCAUCACAUCACUCAACUCGCUGGAUUUCCAGACCCAGUCCUAUGCGUAUCCAUCAAAUGGUUAUGUCCAGUCGGGACUAGGCUUCGAUCCCAAUUAUGGACGCUCGCCGUAUGGGGCACCAGUGCAGCGUUAUGAUUUCCAAAGUCAACAAUUGACAGGCGCUCCAACCAUAAAUCAGGUGCCUGGUUUGCAAGGAGUCGCGGCGGGAUUUGCUCCAACUGCAACUGGUGGCGGUGUUAGCUAUGCCGGCCAAGUGUCCACAGUUCCAGUGCCACCAGCCGCGGGGCAACAGCAGCAACAACAACAACAUCUAAAUGCUGGCGAUCUGAACAAGACAAUGUCGGGAAACGACACGCCUGGAUAUCCGCGAGUGAGCAGCGUGCCGCCGCGCUCACUCAAUUGUAACGGGUAUUCAGGCGACUACAGCGGCAACAACAACAACAGCAGCAAUCCCAACAACAACAAACCCCACAACAGCAAUCCCAACAACAACCCCAACAACAACAGCAAUCGGCAAGUGCCAAGUGGGGGCUCCACAACACCAGCCACUCCCACAGCCGUACCCCAGCCAGCCGCUUCACCCAUGCUAGUAACACAAGCUCAGCCCUCGACUGUUCCCCAAUCGCCUACACGAGGAAGCCUCAUACAACCGUCACCAACUAACAAUGGCCUCCAGCCCUACGUGGCCCAACAGCAACAUCUUUCAUCUUCGCCUACCAUGCAAGAAUGGAACUGGCAACAACAGCAGCUCGGCAGUGACGGAUAUCCGCAAGCAGGCGAGCGAGUACAUCUUAACACACGCAUUAAGUCCAUGAUAAUGCGAAAAAGCGAUCCCAAGGAUCCUCCCCCUCCUGACAUACAGCAGCAAUUGCAACAACCUCAGCAGCAACAGCAGCAACAACAACAGCAGCAACAUCAGACCGGUCAUUUUUUAUCGUAUAGCCACCACCUCCGACCCGAGCCGGCGUUAGGCGCCAAUGGUCCCAGCAGCAGUAUUGUCCAGCCGCAGCAACAGUCAGCUCCGCCGGUCACUGCUGAGACCAUUGGAGGUGGUGGCGAUCACAUAUGGAAGCCGCAUCACAUUAACUCAUUCAAGAAACCAUCAGUGGCCAGCGGUUAUCCCUUGACUUCAGCAGCUGCUGCUGAUGCGCAACAGUUGUUGGCAUCCCAAACACAGGCCCAGCAGUCGCAAUUGCAGUUGCAACAACAUCAACCAGGACAGCACACAACUAUCAGUCAUGCAGAACAGCAGCCAGUACCAGUGCCAGGAGCUGGGCCAGGACCACCGCCUUCCUCCCAACCGCCUGCCACUCCUGCCCAACCAAAAAAGUCGCGUAGUCGCAGCAAGGCCAGUCGAGCGGCAGCAGCGGCUGCAGCGGCGGCCACAGCUGCGAACGCGGUGACAUCAAACGAAAUCGAAAGAGAUCGAAAUGCUACCAACGAUCCAGGAGGUGGCGGUGGUGGGGUGGUCGGUUUGAAGCCUCCUCACCAUCACUAUCCACCCCCUCCGCAGUCGGUCACAGGUGACUAUCAUGGGCAGUACAUUAAGACCGAACCUGGCCUAAUGCCCCAUUCGGGGCCCAAUAAGAUGGAAGGGUACGAGCGUAACUAUCAGAAUUUCAUUCAGUAUGCUGAUUUCUGUCAGAACGAUGGUCAAGGUCAGCCAGUGCCAGCCCAGCAUGGUCAGGACUAUGCUGGCUAUCAUCACAAUUCUUAUUACGGAAGCAGUUUUCAGCAGAACUUUCAACAGAACUUUGUGCCUGGAUAUCAACACUCCACAGGUUACGGAAGUCGCAGCAAGCCAGCAGGUCAUGCUCAAAAUUUAAUGGAUUUGGAACGUAAGCCCGAUACUAAUAGCAUUAUUCCACUGCCCACCAACUAUGAGAAGGAUAUACCGGCUCAUGCUUAUCCCAUUCCGCCACAUCGCUAUGCCUUGGGUCAUCACCAUGGCGGAGCACCACCGCCGCCACACCAUUUGGGCCAUCAUGCAGGCAUGCUAGAGCCCAAGCUAGAGGACAUGAUGGGUCAUCAUGGCCAUAGUCACACUUCGGCGUCAGCAACAGUGGGCUACCCUUACUUGCCAGAUAGCAAGGCCAUGAACAAUGGUUUCUCCUGCUGUCGCCAGGGCGGCACACGUCCACCUACAGCCGAGCACCUAAAGGACGGAACCUGCCUAGGUCUGGGAAUCCAGCCAAAGGAAGAGCUGCUCGACGAAGACGACUUAGCCGAUCCCCAUAAUAACAGUAGCGUCAAAUCGGGCAAAUCAAAAAAGCAUAAGCAGGAUGAAAUUCCCGAGAUUAUUGUAAAGCAUGAAAAAAUCAAUCCCAUGUUUGAUACCACAGAUCGUCUCGAAAAGGGCAACAAAACUGAAAUACCCGAAUGCGAAUGCUUCCAAUCUGAUAAGAACCCACCCGAACCAGGAACCUACUACACACAUUUGGGAACUGCCUCUUCAUUGAUGGAACUGAGGCGGGAAUUCGAGGAACGUUGUCAACUGACUGGAAGGCAAUUACGUAUUGAAAAGAUUGUCUAUACGGGAAAAGAGGGUAAGACCAGCCAGGGGUGUCCUGUGGCCAAGUGGGUCAUACGUCGUGCUGACCUCGAGGAGAAGAUUCUGGUUGUGGUGAAAAAGAGACCAGGUCAUAGAUGUAUAGCCGCUUAUAUAGUGGUCUGCAUGGUGGCCUGGGAUGGCAUGCCACGUCUGGAGGCGGACAAUGCCUAUAAAAAUCUAAUACCCAAGCUCAACAAAUACGGCCUGCCUACAACGCGUCGAUGUGCUACCAAUGAGAAUCGCACCUGUGCCUGUCAAGGUCUGGAUCCCGAGACAUCGGGUGCUUCGUAUAGCUUUGGCUGUUCAUGGUCAAUGUAUUAUAAUGGCUGUAAAUAUGCCCGUUCGAAGACAGUGCGCAAAUUCCGUUUAUCAGUAAAAAGCGAGGAGACAGCCAUCGAGGAUCACAUGAACCUAAUAGCCACCUUAUUGGCACCGGUAUUUAAACAAGUGUGUCCGCGUUCCUACGACAAUCAGACGAAAUACGAACACGAGGCCUCCGAUUGUCGCUUGGGCUUAGAGCCGGGCAAACCAUUCUCUGGAGUUACAGCGUGUUUAGACUUCUGCGCCCACUCUCAUAGGGAUCUACACAAUAUGCAGGAUGGCUGCACUGUCCAUGUGGCCUUAUUGAAGCCCAAUAAUCGCGAUAGCCGACUACCUGACGAUGAGCAAUUUCAUGUCCUGCCACUGUACACAAUGGAUGGCACCGAUGAGUUUGAGAGUGUGGAGGGACAAAGGGAUAAGCAUCGCACUGGAGCGGUGCAAAUGCUGGACAAAUUUCCCUGCGAGGUACGAGUGAGAUCUACACCCUUGAUACCAUGUCGACGACAUGGUAAAAAACGCAAAGAUGACGAAUCUGCACCACCAGACGGCGAACAAGAUUCGUUGGGUGAAGCUAAUGGGGGACAGCAGCAGCCUCCGCAAUCACAACAAAGUAGUCCUCCUGCGCCUCUUAUUAAGAAGGAAAAUGGCUCUGCGGCAAAUUCCAGUAAAUCCUCUAAAACGAGUAAAUCAAAAACAAAUUCCACAAAUAACCUCACAAAUAAUAACUCGAGUGCCUCUACUCCUGGUUCGGCGCCACCGUCAACACCCUCGCCCCGUUGCCAAACACCAGUGACAAACAAUCCGAGUCCAGCGGCAGGCAGUGCCUUCAGCACGCCUCCCGUUCAUGCACCAAAUGGAGGAGGUGCCCAACAAGUGGGACCCCCCAGUCAACCCAAUCAAUUAAUGAGCUCAAAUUCGAGUUUAAUGAAUAUGGCCACCAUGAUUGAUACCUUUACGGAUGCCCAGUUGCAAUCCAAUCAGAUCUCUAGCACUGUAUUGGAUUCACCCUAUUCCUAUGACUACCAGACUGGAUCUUAUAUAGACUCCCGAAACUAUUACGGCAACUGGCCACCACAUGCCAUGGGCAUAAGCCAAGCCCAGGGCGGAGCACCACCGCAGCUUCCCCUUCAGCACGGUUUAGCCACGCCCACAGCAACACCAACGGCAACAAACGUAACGCCAGCAGCAGCAGCAGCUACGGCCACCCUUACUCCACCAGCAGUCGCCAGCGUACCGCCAGCAGUUAACACGCCACAACAGCAACAUGAAUCAGCGAAUCCUAAUGGGUACACAACAACGUAUAACCAAUUGGCUACGCCAACUCCUGUCCAACAGCCUGCAGCAGAAGACCAGCAUCAGCAGCAACAGCAACAACAACCAUUGCAACAACAACAACAAAUUGCUCCCAUUUCAUCGGCAGUUGGUGAACUAAAAAGUCGUCUGGUCAGUGAAGAGAAUCCCGAUUCUACAACCCUGGUGAAUCAUCAUAAUCUAGCAGAGAAUAAACUAACUGCCUUAACAUCCAUGACAGUUCCAUUAGCCACCACACCCGCUGCAGCACCUCACCAUCAUCCGCCCGGUCACCAGGAAGGUUUUGUGAAACCAAAACCCCCACCCAGUGACUAUCAGUAUGCCGGAUCGCCACAGUAUCCGAAUAACUAUCAAAUGUAUCCACCUCCGCCACCACCUCCUCCACCACCCCCUCACUCGGCGUAUACAGCUUACGAUGCCUAUCAAAAUAUGAAUUACAAUUACGGCUAUCAUCACCAUCAUCAGGCCUAUUCACCCUACGGCAUGUAUCCACCGCAACAGACGCCACCCCCCACUCCACCGCCUCCUUCACCAAACUGGAAUAUGUAUGGACAUCAUCAGACUAGCUCGGCGAGUGGAUCCUAUGGGAGCGGGUCGCUAAUAGCUCCACAUGCUACUAGUGUCGGGCCCACUAUUGCUCCGACAAUGCAAAAACCUAUAGCACCACUGCAACAACAACAGCAGCAACAACAGCAGCAGCAACAACAGCAGCAGCAGCAGCAGCAACAGCAACAGCAGCAGCAACCACAACCACUGCAACAUCAACAACAAUUGGCUGUGACACCGCCCCAAACCAUUUUGCCUGAUCUCUCUAAUGGUGGAACUAGUGUACCUACUGAGCCCGGUAUUGCCACGCCCACACCUACUAACGAAACAACUACUAGCGAUCCCGUAGCGGUCGCAGCUGGUGCAACAACAAUACAGGCAACGCCAUUAGCAACCACAGUCCCUGCCUCAGGGGCGGUUUCUCCAGCCAGCUCUAACACCAGCACCAGCAAAAUCGAGCCUAUUGGCGAAGUUGCUGAGAUCAAUGAGAAUAUCGAAGCCUUCCAAGAUCCACAAAUGGGCGGGGUCGCUAUUGCAUUGAAUCAUGGCAGCGUGUUAAUCGAAUGUGCCAAACACGAAAUGCAUGCGACUACAGCAGUAAGACGACCGGAUCGACAUCAUCCUACUCGCAUGACAUUAAUCUUUUAUCAGCACCGUAAUUUAAAUCGAUCGCGUCAUGGCAUCGAUGAAUGGGAGGAGAAAAUGCGAGUAAAGAAAAUCAACACAGAUCUCGACAACAAGGCCAAAGAGGAACGCGAGCGUUUAAUUAAAAAGGCAGCUGGAGAGGACCUUGAUGACUUGGAUGAGGAUAUGACGGAUGAAAAUCCUCCACCAGCAUCGAUAGUGGUGAAAAAGGAAAGCAAUGGCCAGCAGCAAAUAAAAAACGGAGCCAGUAGCAGUAAAAAGAAAAAGUCGAAUGGCGAUACGAAAAAGUCCAUAAAUUCAUCAUCCUCAAAUGAACAGCAGUCAAAAAACGAGAAAGUUGCCCUCCACGCACCAACACUAACAACCACGUCGUGGACGACCCUGUUUCCUAUGCACCCUUGUGUGGUUACAGGGCCCUACCAGGAGGGCAAUAGCAGUCCAACUUCGUCCACGAAUGGCCAGGCGGCUCCCCCUCAUCCACAGACUUGAGAAUAAUCGGCCCCAUCAGAUCUUACUACUGGUAAAACCAUUUAGUUCCGACGCAGCCGCCUAAUCUUAAGACCCGCCCCAAGACAAUGACUGAAAAGAAAAAUAAAAUUCUUUAUCUCUCUCACACACAAACACAAACACACAUACCCACACCCACAUACCCACAUAUACAGAAAGACACACACUCACUAUAUCUGAAAGGAAAAGUUAUUUUUGUAAUGCGUCUGAUUUCGUGUGCCAUACCAGGAGAAGGAUUAAGGUUCAAGUAUAAUGACAAGUAGGCGCUGCCCUCUAUUAACAUUUGCACACUGCGAGUUUCUACAACAACCACAAAGAAAAGAAAAUAACAGAAAUAUGCAACUUUAGUUUCCUAAGACAAUUUCUGUUAAAUCAACAAACUAAAAGAAAACACAAAACUAAGCAACCAUUUAAAGUUAGUGGAAGAUCAUUGCCAAAAGUACAAAUAAAUCAUUUUUUUAACCAAAA